AAGCAAAGUAAAUUUUAGAAUCAUUGAGAAUCGAGUUCCAGUGCCUUAUGGACCACGUGAAGAAUAAGGAAACCUUAGAGUCAGCGAACUGUACAACGCCACCGCUGUCUAUCAACAAAACGACCAUAAGUACUUACAACUGUACAAACAUCACAGAUUUCAUCCACGCGGUGAACCUUUACUACGAUGCAAAAGACGUGUUCGGAGGAAUCAAUAUGUCUGCCAUUCCGGCCUUAACUACCCCAUCAACGUCCACCGCCCACAUGACAACGUCUGAGCCACAGAUGGACAUCGAAAUGAUCAAGGAACAAUCAAACAGAACCCUUAAUCCGAACAUAACCUUGGAAGAGGUCAACGAACUAGCUACACAGUUAGAGGUCGUUGUCAAUAGCAGCGAAACCGACACAAAGGUCGUGACCCAGAUUCUCUCCCACAUGUCAGAAGUGGAAAUAACCAAUUCCCAGACUGUAGAGACUUUUUCAAGAAUUUCAACAACAGUUAUUCACACAUAUAACGAAACCAUCAGUAACAGCUCAGAGACCAUCAUGUCGAACAUAUUGUAUUCCAUGGAAAAUGUCCUGUCAUCGGCCUCUCCUUAUGAAAAUAUCGCCAUGGAAACUUCUGAAAUGGAUAUUUCCAUAUCAUACGUGGAGCGCAAUCUAAGUAAUGGUGACGUCAUCACGAUAAGUUCGAUAGUAGGAACUAUUGUAAUGCCUAUAACAGUUUUCGACGGUGAAACAUCUCGCGUGUCGACAAUCAUCUAUAAAACAAUAAACCAGAAAUGGAGUGUGAAGAAAGGGUACAAGAACGCCCAGAUAGGCAGCAAUGUGAUGUCGGUGUCUGUCCAGAACAUCGACAGGAACCAAACACAGAAAACGGAAGUCAACGUCACAGGCGCCAUAAUUCUUGUUCUGCCUACAAAUGUCACCGGGGUGGAAAAGGAAAGGUAUUGCACGUUUUGGAAUUUUGAAAAAAGGUACUGGGAUACACACGGGGGAACAGUGUUAGAAAAGAACGACACCCACACCAAGUGUAGAUACGAUCAUCUGACCAAUCUAGCGGUCCUCGUCCUCUACUACAAAGCACCGGAACCGAUGACCAAAACGCAAGAAAAAGUUCUUUACAUCAUGUCAACUCUGGGUUCCAGUUUAUCAAUUGCCUGUCUGGCGCUAACCCUGAUAAUAUACGUCUAUCUAAGGGUCCUGGGCAAUGACACUGUAAUGAUACAUGCCAACCUGUCAGUAGCUUUGAUGCUGGGACAACUGGUGCUCGUCACAUCAGAGGGAGCUUCCAAAUAUUUGGCCGCAUGUAAGGUUGUGACGGCUCUUCUCCACUUCCUCUUUAUGUCCGCCUUCGCCUGGAUGAUGGUGGAGGGACUAGCCUUGUAUCUCUCCUGUACUCGACCAAUCAGCGCUUAUGGAGACAUGCGAAUGAUCUACCUGCUGAUUGGCUGGGGAAUUCCCGCCAUUAUCGUUUUAAUCACGCUUGGCAGUAACUUUCAGGACUACGGGGAGGAUGGAGAAUAUAACAGCUGUUGGCUGUCAAUAGAUGACGGACUAAUAUGGUCAUUCAUGGCUCCAAUGAUAGUUAUUGUCGUGAUGAACAUUUUAGUUCUUGGUCUGGUUCUGAAGGCAUUUUUAACCUUACGGACAAAUUCCAAGAAAUCAGAAGCAGCAAGACUCUUUGCCAGCUUUAAGGUGAUGGUGACGCUGCUUCCCAUCCUUGGGAUUACCUGGUUUCUAGGAAUUCUGGUUCCGCUCAGCGACGUCUUUCACUACCUCUUCAUUAUCGGAACAUCCAUGCAGGGCACUAUGAUCUUUUUCCUGCACUGCUUAUGCAACAACAUCGUGAGAAAGAAAUACAAUGAGCGGCGCCGUAAGAACACGUGUUCAUCCAGUGACGUGUGGCUGGGGUCAUCAGCCACGUGGACAGAGCGUAGGCACCAGAGACUUGAAGAACUAAAAGUGGUUCCCAAGAGAUACCGGAGGCAGGAGAAAUAUGCCUGGAUGUAGAAAAUUUCAACAUUCUAACAUAUUGAAUGCAGAAUUUCAUACAAGAAUUAGAUAUAGCAAUGACUUUUAAACAGUUUCACAAUUUAACGAGGGAUUCAAUGUAGUAUUCCUGGAUUAAAACUCGCACCUUUUCAAUUUUUCACCUGUCAUUAUUUCUGAAUUUUUGUGUCAAGCUUUUAUUAAGCUCAUCUGACUAAACUACAGUAACACAGGCUCAUAAAGAAUUUGUUUAUAUUC